AUGUUAUUUGAGCGGGGGCCGCUGGCCUCGGCGAUCGCAGAGCGGAGGAUGCAGAAAGCCGCCUACUACGACAACGCAGGGCUCUUCGGGGGCUACACCUACAGCAAGGCCGACGCCUACCCCUACGGCGCGGCCCACCAGCCCUACGGCCAGGCCGGCCUGGACGGCGAGUACCCCGGCUCUGCCUGCUCCGUCCAGGGCUCGGCGCCCGGCCGCGCCCCGGCCCACAAGGGCACCGAGCUGAGCGGCAGCUGCAUGCGGACGGCCGGGGGCGGCCCGGGGGGCAGCCAGCCGCCGGGCAUCGGCGAGCAGCAGCCCUCGGCGCUGCCGCCUUCCUCCCCGCCCAACCCCCCUCCCAGCGCGCCCCCUCCGAAAAAAGCCAAGGGAGGCCCCAACUCCUCGGGCUCGUCCACCGCCACCCUCAGCAAGCAGAUAUUCCCCUGGAUGAAGGAGUCCCGGCAGAACUCCAAGCAGAAAAGCACCUGCGCCCCCUCAGGAGAAAGCUGCGAGGACAAGAGCCCCCCCGGGCCAGCCUCCAAGAGGGUGCGCACAGCCUAUACCAGCGCGCAGCUGGUGGAGCUGGAGAAGGAGUUUCACUUCAACCGCUACCUGUGCCGGCCGCGGCGGGUAGAGAUGGCCAACCUGCUCAACCUAACCGAGCGGCAGAUCAAGAUCUGGUUCCAGAACCGGCGGAUGAAGUACAAAAAGGACCAGAAAGCCAAAGGCAUCAUGCACUCCCCCGUCGGACAGUCCCCGGACCGCAGUCCCCCCCUGAGCGGCCCAAACCACGUCGGCUACUCCAGCCAGCUCCCCAGCGUCAACAGCCUGAGCUACGACGCGCCCUCGCCCACCUCCUUCGCGAAGUCCCAGCAGAGCAUGUACGGGCUGGCCGCCUACACGGCGCCGCUGAGCAGCUGCCUGCCGCAGCAGAAGCGCUACGCGGGCGCGGAGUACGACCCCCACCCCAUGCAGAGCGGCGGCGGCGGCUUCGCCAACCCCAGCCUGCAGGGCAGCCCCGUCUACGUGGGGGGCAACUUCGUGGACUCGAUGCCGGCCUCGGGCCCCAUGUUCAACCUGGGGCACCUGCAGCACCCCUCCUCCGCCAGCGUGGACUACAGCUGCGCCGCCCAGAUCCCCGGCGGCCACCACCACGGACCUUGCGACCCCCACCCCACCUACACGGACCUCUCCUCCCACCACACCUCUCAGGGACGGAUGCAGGAGGCGCCCAAGCUCACGCAUCUGUAG